UUACAAUUCGUUUUACUCAUAUCCCUCUAAAUUUAACUUUAUAAAAUUCAAACCCCAAAAUUAGGGUUUAAAGAAAACCCCCAAAUGGCAUCUCGCUCUCAUUUAGACGACGAUGAUGAUUUCGGUGGCGAUUUUCCUGGAGCUAACCCUAAUAGACUUUCAGGGACUAAAAGAUCGUUUGGAGAUAUUGAUGAUGAUGAGGAUGACAUAUUUGGUUCUAAAAAGGCUAACAUAAAAGUAGAGGAAACUGCACCAGGUGUGACAACUGGGAUGAUAUUAUCUCUGCGCGAAAGCCUCCAGAGUUGUCAGGAUAACCUUGCAACAUGCCAAUCGGAGCUCGAAGCUGCAAAGUCAGAAGUUCAAAAGUGGCAUUCUGCAUUUCAGAAGGAGUCCUUCAUUUCUACGGACUCAACAGUCGAACCCAGAGUAGUUAUCAAUUAUCUCCAAAACUUAAAAUCUUCUGAGGAAUCACUUCGAGAGCAGUUAGAGAAAACAAAGAGAAAGGAAGCUGCAUUUAUAGUAACCAUUGCAAAGCGAGAGCAGGAAAUAGCAGAUUUGAAGUCUGCAGUUCGAGAUUUAAGGUCACAACUGAAGCCUCUGUCAAUGCAGGCAAGAAGAUUAUUACUUGAUCCUGCAAUUCAUGAAGAAUUUAUGCGUUUGAAGAAUUUGGUAGAGGAGAAGGAUAAAAAGAUAAAGGAACUACAAGAUAAUGUUGCUGCUGUGAACUUCACCCCACAAAGCAAAAUGGGGAAGAUGCUAAUGGCUAAAUGCAGAACCCUGCAGCAAGAAAACGAGGAGAUAGGGAAUCAAGCCAAGGAGGGAAAGAUACAUGAGCUGUCAAUGAAACUUGCUAUGCAGAAAUCUCUGAAUGUAGAACUCAGAAACCAUUUUGAAGGAUUAUGCAAGCACUUGGAGGGACUGACAAAUGACGUUGAAAAAUCGAAUGAAAUGGUGCUAAUCUUGGAAGAAAAGCUUGAAGAUAAAGAAGCUGAGAUACAGAGAUUAAAGCAGCAGUUGCAGCAGAAGAGCACCACGACAAAAGAAAUAACCGAGAUAGUUACUGAUGAUAAAACAGACACUGAUGAGGAGAUUAUAGUGUCGAUAGGAAGUCCUGAAGGUUAACACAAUCAGUAUUUCUUGUAUGUCCCAUGUAUGUGUACAUUGUACGUACAUCAAGUCUUUGUGGCGCAUCAGAUGUGAGCAUUCAUGUUUGGUCAAUGAUUUUCUGUGGGCUAAGAUGAACUAUUUGUAUUAUCUGAACCCCCAUGUUCUUAAAAAUAUAAGCAUAAUUCUAACUUUUA